AUGAGCGGCGGUGCUGGACGAGACAAGACGGAGGAACCCGUUGGGGCACCUGGCACGUCACCGGUGCCUCCUGACGGGAAACAUGUCUCAGCUCCUACUUCGGAUGAAACCACGGAUAACAAUGGACUACGUGAAGAUGAGCUAGAGGUGCUGCGGCAAGCCGAAAUCGCCUUUGAGGCGACCAAAGGCAGAAAUAUAGACAUGCGCCAUGACAAGGACUACAUGGAGCGCAUGCGCAUUGAAGCUCGCCGUCAUUACCUGGUUAACCGUGAACUGGAUCGUCUUGAGCUCGCAGAACGGGCUUUGGGCGAGAAGGAAGUUCUUUACAAGGGCGUUAAAGAUGACUCGGCUAAAAAAUCGCUUGAGUUCGAGAAAAGCACCGUCGAGUUUGCUAAAACUACAAUCGCAUCCCGUGCUGCCGAUAUCAGUGGUUAUGUCAUGCCCGACUCGUACGAUGAGGACACGAGCCAGCGUCUCGAGGUGCUGAAACGAAAGCAAACAUACAAGCAGACGGAUACUGUAGUUGACGAUGGUCAGAGUUGGGAAACACAACAGAUGAAGUUGGGUGGACUUGCAAGGGGUUCGGGUGGUCGUGGCCAUCCAAGCGCGGUUGUGCCGGGAACGGCACAAAUGCAGCCACCAACGGGAAUACCAGGCUUAAUAGGACUCGACGGCACGAUCGAUUUCGUCGCCAGUGAUUUCCAGUCCGGCGAGCUGCCCACGGAAUUUGACACAAAAGCUGUCGGUGUGAAUGCGGUGGCUGCGGUGUUCGAGGGCGCGCAAGAAUCCAGCGAAGAGGAAUACCCCUCCGACUCUGAUGGGGAGGAUUCAGAUUCCACCGCGUCUACAAAGAAACGCAAAACUUUUGCGGAUCGCGUCUUGGCGAAACAGCGCCGCAAGCAACGUCAGGAGCACCGUAAGCUCAUGGAAGAGCGAUGCCGCUUGCCGAUUUACAGUUACCGGCACGAGCUGCUGUCAGCCAUACGUAACCACCCCAUACUUGUAGUCAUUGGAGAUACCGGUAGCGGUAAGACCACGCAGAUUCCACAGUACCUAUACGAGGUUGGAUAUGGAAAGGCUGGUAAGAUCGGUUGUACGCAGCCCAGACGUGUCGCCGCCAUGGCCGUCGCCUCGAGGGUUUCGCAGGAGGUGGGAUGCAAGCUUGGCCAGGAAGUCGGGUACACUAUUCGGUUCGAGGACUGCACAAGCAGCAACACAGUUCUGAAGUACAUGACCGAUGGUAUGCUCCUGCGUGAAAUGAUGACUGAACCGGACCUUGCCAGCUACUCCGUGAUUAUGAUUGACGAGGCGCACGAACGCACAGUGCACACGGACGUCAUAUUCGGUUUGGUCAAGGACCUGUGCCGAUACAGAAAGGAUUUCAGGCUGAUCGUAGCAUCGGCUACUCUGGAAGCAGAGAAGUUUGCGCUUUACUUCGACCACGCACCUAUCUUCCGGAUCCCGGGGCGGCGUUACCCUGUACAGAUAUACUACACCAAGGCGCCUGAAGCUAACUUCCUGGACGCUUCUGUAAUCACUGUCCUGCAGAUUCACGUGACCCAGCCACUAGGUGAUAUCCUGGUGUUCCUGCCGGGGCAGCAGGAGAUCGAGGAGGUCCAAGAGGAGCUACAAAAUCGGCUCCGUAACAGGGGAAAGGAGAUGCGAGAGCUUAUCGUUUUGCCUAUCUACGCCACGCUUCCAAGCGAUAUGCAGGCUAAGAUAUUCGAGCCAACACCGCCGAACGCAAGGAAGGCCAUUCUUGCCACCAACAUCGCAGAGACCUCAAUCACAUUAAACGAGAUCGUGUACGUCAUCGACUGUGGCUUCUGCAAAUUGAACAGCUUCAGCCCUAAAACCGGCAUGGAGUCGCUAGUGACUGUACCGUGUUCCAAAGCGUCAGCGAACCAGCGCAGCGGCCGCGCUGGUCGUGUGCGUCCAGGUCACUGCUUCAGGUUGUACACCAAGUUUUCUUAUGAAAAGGAGAUGGAUAAUGUCAACGACCCAGAGAUCCAGAGAACCAACCUCGCACAUGUGGUGCUGAGCCUUAAGGCCCUCGGUAUCGAUGAUUUGAUAAACUUCGACUUCAUGGAUCCGCCCGCCCCCGAAACGCUUAUUAAGGCGUUAGAGCUUAUUUAUGCGCUCGGCGCGUUGAACGAUAAGGGGGAGCUUACUCGCAUGGGCAGACGCAUGGCCGAACUGCCUAUGGACCCUACCUAUAGCAAGAUGCUACUAUCGGCGGAAAAAUACAAGUGUACACAUGAGCUUAUCACCAUCUGCGCAAUGCUGGGCGUGGGCAACAAUAUAUUUUACCGCCCCAAGGACAAACAAAUGCAUGCGGACAACGCGCGGAAAAACUUUUUCAGGACUGGAGGCGACCACCUCGUCCUCUUGAACGUCUACAACCAGUGGGAGGAGGCUGAGUUCAGCGUAGCCUGGUGUUACGAGAAUUACGUGCAACACAAGUCUCUCAGGCGUGCCCGCGACAUUCGUGAGCAGCUGGUGGAGCUAAUGAAGCGCGUGGAGGUUGAGAUCAUAUCUAACGUCACCGAUACAGAUGCGAUUCUCAUGUCGGUGACGUCAGGCCUUUUCACGCAAGCCGCUGUGAGGGGCGGGCCAAAAGGAAGCGGAGCUUAUCGCACAUUGAAACAUCCGCAGAACGUAGACAUUCACCCACAAUCUGCGUUGUUUGACCAAGAGCCCAAGUGUGUCGUCUACACUGACCUCGUGAUGACCACUAGGCAAUAUAUGCGUCAGGUGUCACAGAUACGUCCGGAGUGGCUCACGCAGCUCGCUCCGCAUUACUACACGAACGAUAACCCCGCACUUCAAGGCUCCAAAAAGAUGCCCAAGCGCAAAGAAUAA